UCAUCACUGUCAAACUGCAAGGAAGGAGGCGUCAACGAAACCGAUUUUCUCCUUUUUUCACGUAUAAAUUGAAUACUACAAUGAUUCGUUUCAUUUUAAUCCAAAACCGUGCGGGGAAGACUCGGUUGGCGAAGUGGUACAUGAAUUUCGAUGAUGAUGAGAAACAGAAGCUUAUCGAGGAAGUUCACGCCGUUGUGACUGUUCGUGAUGCUAAGCACACCAAUUUCGUUGAGUUUCGAAAUUUCAAAAUCGUAUACCGCCGAUACGCGGGGCUGUACUUUUGCAUCUGCGUGGACGUAAACGACAACAACUUGUGCUAUCUGGAGGCGAUCCACAACUUCGUCGAGGUGCUCAAUGAAUACUUCCACAAUGUAUGCGAGUUGGACUUGGUUUUCAACUUCUACAAGGUAUACACAGUGGUUGAUGAAAUGUUCCUGGCUGGCGAGAUAAGGGAGACCUCACAAACUAAAGUCCUGAAGCAGCUCCUCAUGUUGAACUCGCUGGAGUAAACACAGACAAACGGAAUGCAACCUGGUUCUAAUGUAGGGGAUCUUUUGCGUUGGAUAGACAAUACUCAUGGAUUACUAAUGUUUGGCCAAAAAACGUU